CACCCUGGAUCCAUUCAUGUCUGAGGGAAGCGGCGGCGUUGGCGGCGGCAGCAAGCAAGCGACUUCUCCUCAGGAGGAGGACGAGGAAGAGGGAAGCGCCGAGGUGCCCAGCUGGAGAGGCUCGUCGCCAGCCUCGCUCGCGCCGCUGUCUCUCCGGCGGCGCCCCGACCGUGGCGUGAAGGCGGGAGCGCGGGCGGGCCGGCGGGGGGCGAAGCGUGUGAGCCCAGCCGGGGCGCCCUCCCCUUGCCCUCGCCGCCCCGCCAGCCUUGUGCCAGGCAGCCCCCUCCUCUCAUGCCCGGCUGCGCCCCGCGAUGACUCUGAGCGCGGAGAUGUCCGAGGCCGCGUCCGCCUUGGCUGAGGAGACAGACAUCGACGUGGUGGGCGAGGGAGAUGAAGACGACGAGGAGGGAGACGACGAGGACGACGACGACGACGACGACGACGAGCCCCUCCGCCGCCGGUCUUACGAGGAGGAAGACGAGGACGAGGAGGCCGCUUCGCUGCCUGAGGCGCCCGGGGCGCGCGGGUCAGGAGAAGAGUCCCCCGGCUCCGGGUCGCCCUCCUCGUCGUCGUCUUCUUCCUCCUCUUCUUCUUCUUCCCCUCAGGGCUCUUUCCGAGGCGCCUCAGGGGGCGUCGGCGUCUCCGCGGGCGCCAAGAACAGCCUGGUGAAGCCGCCUUACUCGUACAUCGCCCUCAUCACCAUGGCCAUCCUGCAGAGCGCCAAGAAGCGCCUGACGCUGAGCGAGAUCUGCGAGUUCAUCAGCGCCCGCUUCCCCUACUACCGCGAGAAGUUCCCCGCGUGGCAGAACUCCAUCCGACACAACCUGUCGCUCAACGACUGCUUCGUCAAGAUCCCGCGCGAGCCGGGCAACCCGGGCAAGGGCAACUACUGGACGCUGGACCCGGAGUCGGCCGACAUGUUCGACAACGGCUCCUUCCUGCGCCGCAGGAAGCGCUUCAAGAGGCAGCCGCUGCAGCCGCCCGACCUGCUCCUCAGGGGGCUCGAGCCCGCACACCCGCCGCCCGCGCCGCCGCCGCCUCCCCCCUUCGCUUACGGGCCCUAUAGCUGCGCCUACGGCCUGCAGCUGCCGCCUUACCCGCCUCCCUCGGCUCUCUUCGCCUUCCAGCCGCAGGCACGGCCGCCGCCUCCUCCCGCCGCCGGGCCCGUCCUGCCGGCUGCGCCGCCCGCGCUGCUGCCUCCGGCUGCUGCGUCUCCUACGGCCGACCUGGCCAGGACUACCAGCUUCGGCUACCCGGCGCAGCUCAGCCCGUCUCUCGCGGCCUCCUUGCACGCGGCGGCCGCCAAGAGCAGCUCUGCGCUGGCCAGGUCGCCUUUCUCCAUCGAGAGCAUCAUCGGCGGCGGUGGCGGUGGCUUGAGUCCCCUGGCCGCCAGCAGCUGCGCCUCCCAGUCGGCCGUCCUGCCGGUCCUCGCCAGGUCCCUGAUGGCCUCCUCGCCUGCGCUCGCCUCGCCGCCGCCGCCUCCACCCCCUUCCGUCGCUGCCUCGCUAGGGACUCUGCACCAAGGGGCAGCCUUGGCCAAUGUCGAGAACUUUACUGCUAGGAUUUCCAAUUGUUAAAAACAAAACACAAAAUAACUGUCUUGCCGAAGGUAGGACCCUCUGGGGCUGUUUUUGCUUUUUUUCCGCUAAAGAAGGCAAAGAAAGUUUUUGUUUGUAUUUUUUAUUUUCCCUAGGCCACAUUUUGUUCGUUUGUUUGUUUGUCUGUCUGUCUUUCGGCCCACCUGGUUCGGUCCUCUUCAGCACCUCCUAUUUAUGCAAAGCCAUUUCGAUAUGCUGCAUUGGCAGAAAGAUUAAAUGGCAAAGAAGUGGCCCUUAAUUCUUUCCUUUAAGAAACACACGCAUUCUAAAUAAAUCAUUCCAAGGCAGAGAUUCCCGGGUCCAAGGAUUAAAUUAAACAACAGCUAAACUACAAUAAUCCCCACCCCAAAAAAUAACUAUGAAUUGGAGUAAGGGGGGGAGGACAAAAAGAAGCUUUACCCAUCUUCUUUCAUUGUAGUUCACUUGUCUUAUGUACCUUUAUAUAAGAAAUUUUAAAAACAUGUUUACACAGAAGAAAGUCGAGAUUAUCAAUUCUUAUUUUAACCUGUGUUUGUUUUUGUAUCAUAAUAGGCUUGUGGGGUUUUUCUUUUCUUUUAUACUUUGUGCAUAUUCUUUACCAGGAAUAUUGUUAAAAUUACUGCCAAGUAUUAUUGUACCAUUCUAAUUGUAAAACAAAAACAAAAAAACUUUUUUUUACACAUUUUUGAAAAUAAAGCAAUUAAUUU